AUGAUUAACUGUCUAGAUAAAGUAGGUGACAAACAGCAGUUUAGAAGGCAGAGCUAAAGGGCAGUAAGAGAGUGAAGAGUGAAAAAAAGAAAACAAAAGGACUCUAAGAAGCAGCAAGGCAAGUCAGCUUGUUCGUUUCUUAUUAGGAUUAUUUCCAAAUGGAGGAGACUAGUGAACAGCCCAAGAAGAUUGAACUGAAUGAUGGCAACUUGAUGCCACUGCUGGGCCUAGGGACAUGGAAGGGAAAGAACAAAAGCCCAGAAUUGUGCCAGGGUGCAGCUGAGACAGCUAUAGCUGCUGGUUACCGUCACUUGAACACGGCCUACUGUUAUGAAAAUGAGGUGGAGCUGGGGAAGGCGAUCCGUUCCAAAAUCCAGCAAGGCAUCAUUAGGCGCCAGGACAUGUUCAUCGUCAGUAAGUUGUGGUGUACUCAUUAUGCUCCUAAGGACAUCCCGCUCUGCCUGAAUAAAUCUCUCAGUGACCUGCAACUCGACUACCUCGACCUGUAUCUGGUGCACUUUCCUGUGGCUCUACAGAAAGUGAAUAAUGAGAUGCUUCCAAUGAAAGAUGGAAAGUUGCUCUUAUCAGAUAUUGAUUAUGUGGACAUGUGGAAGGGGAUGGAAGCCCUGAAGCUCUCUGGAAAAGUUAAGAGCAUUGGCGUGUCCAACUUCUCAAUCCAACAGCUGGAAAGGCUGCUGUCUGUGGCUAAAAUCCCACCAGCUGUCAAUGAGGUGGAGCUUCAUCCCUACUAUGUGCAGUCUGAUUUGAUUAAAUAUUGUAAAUCAAAGAACAUCGCUCUCACAGCCUACAGUCCCCUUGGCUCACCAGAGAAGCCCGAAGAGUAUCAUCAAGGAGACAAGGAUCCUGAAAAGCUGCUAGAGGAUCCGGUGGUUGCAGAAAUCGCCGCAAAACACAAACGAACUCCUGCCCAGAUUUUGCUGAGGUAUCACAUUGAACAGAAUAUUGCAGUGAUUCCAAAAAGCGUUAAACCCAAUGAAAUUCUGGAGAACACAAAGAUCUUUGAUUUCUGCCUGGAUGCGGAGGAUAUGAGUGCGCUCAGGUCUCUAAACCGUGGCUGGAAGGCCUACAUCUUUAAAGAGUUCAAAUCUCAUCCUAACUACCCCUUUAAAUGAAAGGUUGUUAAGGCUGGAUACAUAAGACUUACAGAUGCUGACUGUAUCUCAUUGUGGGUGCUUCAAACCAGAAACAUUUAAGUUGUUUAAUAAAUCAUCUGACAUUGUUGGAGUCUGUCUAUGUGACAAACUUUCUUUGUAAUAAACACAAAAAAAGUAAAUUGAA